UCUGGGCGGAGGGAUACAGGGUGGUCUGUCUCCCCCUCCCCAGGUCGGCGCUGAGGAGGCGGAGCAACGGCCACCGCGCGCCGAGCCGUCGGGAGGGGGAGUAACGGCCGCCGCGCGCGCGCCGCUCAGGCACGGGGUGGUAGCCCCAGCGACUCUCGGGGGGGAGGGAAGGAGAGUGGAACAGCCGAGGCGAGACAGGAGCAGUGAGGGGUUGCGGCUCCGGUGGAGGGGGAGCGAAAAGAGAGAGGAACAGCGACAGCCGCGUUUAGGUCGGGGGGGGGGGGGGAGUAAGGGCCGCGGCGCCGCUUGGGGGUGGUGAUGAACAGAGAGCGGAACAGCUGAGCCUCGGUUGGUAGGGGGAGGAGGUAAGCGAAGACGAACAGCCUGUGGCGGAGGGGGCGACGCUGUGGUGAGCGGGAGACUGGAACAGCCACCAGAGCCAUCGCCUCUCGCGGGCGGGGGGCGGACCCAGGAGCCGGCGCCAUCGCGGCGGGGGAAGGAGUGAGUCGCCGGAGCAGGGAAGAGCCGGCGCUGCCCGCGGCGGGAGGAGUGCGCGGCGGCCGGGAACAGCCGGUGGAACUCGCCUGGGAGCCGGCGGCGGCGGCUGCUCAGUGAUCGCGGCGGAGCGAGGAGGGAGCGAGCGCAGGCCGAGCCCCGGCGGAGAUGGAGCGGAAGAGGUGGGAGUGCUCAGCCCUCCCGCAGGGAUGGAAAAGGGAAGAAGUGACCAGAAAGUCGGGGCUCUCAGCCGGCAAGAGUGAUGUCUAUUACUAUAGCCCAAGUGGGAAGAAGUUCCGAAGCAAGCCUCAGCUGGCCCGUUACCUGGGGAGCUCCAUGGACUUGAGCACUUUCGACUUUCGCACAGGCAAAAUGCUGAUGAGUAAGAUGAAUAAGAACAGACAGAGGAUGCGCUAUGACUGUUCUAACCAAGCCAAAGGUAAACCUGACUUAAAUACUGCACUCCCUGUCAGACAGACAGCCUCAAUCUUCAAGCAGCCUGUCACUAAGAUCACAAAUCAUCCCAGCAACAAAGUAAAGAGUGAUCCCCAAAAAGCUGUGGACCAGCCCCGCCAGCUCUUCUGGGAGAAGAAAUUAAGUGGACUGAAUGCCUUUGACAUUGCAGAAGAGUUGGUGAAAACAAUGGACCUUCCAAAGGGUUUACAAGGGGUUGGACCUGGUUGCACAGAUGAAACCCUUCUGUCUGCUAUAGCUAGUGCCUUGCACACUAGCACUAUGCCCAUCACUGGACAGCUCUCUGCAGCUGUGGAGAAGAACCCUGGAGUUUGGCUAAACACCUCACAGCCUCUCUGCAAAGCAUUUAUGGUGACGGAUGAAGAUAUUAGGAAGCAGGAGGAGCUUGUACAGCAGGUGCGGAAGAGGCUGGAGGAAGCACUGAUGGCUGACAUGCUCGCCCAUGUGGAGGAAAUAGCAAGGGAUGGGGAAGCUCCUUCAGAGAAGGAAGCGGGUGAUGAAGAAGGGGAGGAGGAAGAGGAGGAACAAGACCAUGACCAGGAAAUGGAGAAUGUAUAGUCCAGGGAGUUCCAUCUAAGAAUUCCUAGUCUAAACCCUAUCAGCAGGGUCAGCACAACUAUUUACAAAGCCAAGAGUGUCUGCAGACUAAAUUGCACCAACCAUCCAACUCUACCUUUUGAGUAUGUUCGAUGUCCACUUCAGGAAAAAGAUGAGAAGCUGAUUGCUCAUUAAUUGCUGGGUAUUCUUGAAGAUAAACUUAACUAAACUAUACUUCCCCCUCCUUUUUCUAAAGGGUCAGGGGAAUACAAAAGUGUGAAGGGGAAUAAAGGAAUGCAAAAGUGGGGGGAGAGCUAAAACUUGAAACCAAAUUCCCUCUCUUAUUCAUGGGUCAGUGAUACAAUGGGGUCAAAUUUUUCAGACUUUUCUAUUUUAAUACCUUUUAACAGUGACCGAGAAAAACAAUUUUUUUCUCUCACCUGACACACAAGGGAGGACAAGAGAUGCUCUUUCACUCCUUGGCCACUUUGCUGUAGGCUAUCUGUUUGUACCAGACUGUAUGUUGUAGAUUGUCAUUCUGUAUGUGAAUUCAGGUCACUGAAUUUCAUUUUUCUUUCAAGACCAGAUAGGAUUUGAUGAGUAGUCCUUAGAGAUGAAAAGUGGUGCCUCUUCCACUACAGGCUGUGAUGAGCUCGGAAAGUUACAAAAUUGAUUCAUAGAGUGCAUCAGUGACAGCCUGGUUCUAUAACUAGUUCCAACACCACACUGAAUGCUUUAGUUGCCAAUACUUGGCAGUAAAGCCUGUGUGUCUCCAAACAUAGCUCAUUAGGCGUUUCAGAGCUAAGUAUAUCAUUGUGUAGUAUGAAUAUUCAACUUUUGGUGCAAGUCUGGUUGGAGCACCUUUGCAGCUAAAAAUAGAAGGUUCGGUAUGACUCAUUUCUGGCCAACAAUGAGGAAAAUUUCCUCUUCCUUUUCUGGUGCCAAGCACUCCAAUCUCUGUUUUAGUAUGUGUGGAGUGAAGGGAGUCCAUUCUCAUAGAUUUGUCUGUACAUCUGCACGUGAAAGCAGUAACGUUCUGACCUCUUUUAAAACAAGAAAGGCAAAAGUUUUUGACUUUUCUAUAAUUAAUAUCUAAAAAUGAACCUAAUGCUUUUUAUUGAGCAUUGACUCUUUCUUACUUGCAUGUGCAGUGGAGUGACCAGCAUUCUUUGUCCAACAGUGAAAUGAUGUGAAACCUGCCUUAAUGUGUUCAUAAGUUUUUUGGCUUCACCAUGGGUACCUUGAAUUAUUCCUCAGUCUUUUAUUGUGCAAAUAGUGGGGGAAACUAGUGAUGGAUGAAAAUUAAUCAUCCAGGAGGGGUGGAGUGAGGAGAUUGAAGAAAAUAUCCACUUGAUUGUAAAUUCUUUUUGUCUUCGGGUAUCCAUGCAUAAUUCAUGCCUGGAAGUGUCCACUGAGAAUAUAUAAAAGAUGGAUUCAAAUAUUGCACCUCUAACCAGUUGUAUGAGUUGCUGGUAUCCCAAAAUUUGGGACGAAAGUAACUCCCCACAGCCUCUGUCAUAUAGGAAUGUUUAGCAAUAACAGUGAGGAUCCAGGGGCAUUUCCUGGAAAGUAAUGACCUUCUUCGGGUGUAGUUCUACUCAAGCCACUGGGUUGGUUGAGAAAUCUCCCAUGUCAAAGUGACUGAUGCUAUAUUAACCCUUUCCUUUUUAAAAAAAAAAAAAAAAAAAUUAUUCCACAGGAUUGUUGCUCAUUUGGAAAUGCUCAUACAAGAAAGCUGGAUUUGUAUUUUACUGCUGCUGUACUAGGCAUUGCUUUGGCAAUGGUACAGCUGCCAGUUAGAAUUAUUUUCAUUUUUAAACUGUCUGUUAUGGUAAUUAUUCUGUAAACCUGUCCUCCUGUAAUUCAUUGUGUUCAAUUAAAUGUUUCUUGCAGAAAGUA